AUGUUAUUGAAGCAAUUGCUAAAAAAUAGACUACCGCCAUCGAAAUUUCAACCAAAUCACAUAUCCUCAAUUAAUAUACAGUCAUUAAGAGUCAGUUUGAUACGGCCAUUGACUACUACACGGAAUGUCUACAGUAACAGCAUUUGUGGCAACCACAGAAGCAGCUCUAUGUCGUUAGAACAGAACAGGAAAUUAAGUGGUCAAAAUCAAAAUGAUCGGAAUUUUAAAAUACUAAAUUCAUCCAAACAUCAAAGUCAGAUAUCAGAAUCUGAAAAAUUAAAAUACGAUAAUUUAAUUAAAUCAACUAUUCAAAAUCAUUUAAAUGGUACCUCAAAUUCGUUAUUGACUAAAAAAUCUAAAUUUACUUUCAGAUCGGUUUUAAUUACAAUAAUCAUAUCGUAUAUUACGUCAGUUUUUAUCAUUAUAAUAUAUCAAUAUAAGAAUUAUCAUGAUGAAGGUAUCAAAGAUCAUAAUGGCAUAAAACAAGUAAGAAAAAGAUCAAUUUUCAUACCCAUUUGGUAUAAUUUCAAUCUAUUCGGUAACUUGAAAUUAAGUUACCCAUACGAUCUAAAGUAUUUGGAUAAUGAAUUAUACGAAUUUAUAAUUAAUGAAAUUAUACAACAACAACAAAAGUACAAUAAAAAUAGUAAUGCAGCCGACGAAAUUAAUAUAAAGGAGUUUUUAAGUCAUUUACAAGUCAACAAUAUAAAUUAUUCAUUAUUAAGUAAAGUAUCGUUAAAUUCUAAAAUGAGAGAAAUUUUUGGAUUACCUAUAAAUUUAAAAUUUGAUACUACUAAUACUGAUGAUUUCAAUAUAGGGAUUGAGUUGAAAUACCCGAGUAUAAGUGGAGUAGAAAUUGAAAUCACCAAUGAUUUGACAAAUGGAAAAGAUAGUACGAAUAUCAUACCAAAUUUCAAUUUUAAUUGGACUAUCAAAUCGAUUAAUUUCGAAACAAUAAAGAAGAACACAUAUAAAUAUUGGUUAAACAAUAGUCUUAAUCUCAACAACAUAAAUCAAGAAAAUGUAGAAAUAACUGAUCCAAUUCAUGAAAUUCACGAUAAGAAGAAACUACCAACACCCAAUAGUAAAGAUUAUGAUAUAAACUUCAGUGGUGAAUGUGACAUAAAUAAUAAAUUGAUAAAUUCUUCUCCUAAUGAUAUGAUAACUGGUAAAUUAAAAUAUGUUGGUGUUAUAGAUUUGAAUCAUUUAAUUUUGAAUAAUGGAGUUAAGAUUAUUAAAAUUGAAUUGAUAUAUAAUGAUAUUUUGUAUAAGAUUUUAUAA